UGCAAGCCAUGAGGAGCAUCCUCACCAGGAGCUGAUCAUGCUGGCACCCUGAGCUCAGCGUCCCAGCUUCCCAGACUGUGGGAAAUACAUUUCCACUGGGUUGCAAUAAAAAUAAUUGACAAAACUCAGUUGAAUCCAACAAGUCUACAAAAGCUCUUCAGAGAAGUAAGAAUAAUGAAGAUUUUAAAUCAUCCAAACAUAGUGAAGUUAUUUGAAGUCAUCGAAACUGACAAAACACUCUACCUAAUCAUGGAGUAUGCAAGUGGAGGUGAAGUGUUUGACUAUUUGGUUGCACAUGGAAGAAUGAAGGAAAAAGAAGCAAGAGCUAAAUUUAGACAGAUAGUGUCUGCGGUCCAGUACUGCCACCAGAAGCGGAUCGUUCACAGAGACCUCAAGGCUGAAAAUCUAUUGUUAGAUGCUGAUAUGAACAUUAAAAUAGCUGACUUUGGUUUUAGCAAUGAAUUUACUGUUGGCAGUAAACUGGAUACGUUUUGUGGGAGUCCUCCAUAUGCAGCCCCAGAGCUCUUCCAGGGCAAGAAAUACGACGGACCGGAAGUAGACGUGUGGAGCCUCGGCGUCAUUCUGUACACGCUGGUCAGCGGGUCGCUACCCUUCGACGGACAGAACCUAAAGGAACUGAGAGAAAGAGUAUUAAGAGGGAAGUACAGAAUCCCUUUCUACAUGUCUACAGACUGUGAAAACCUUCUCAAACGUUUCCUGGUGCUAAAUCCAAUAAAACGAGGCACUCUGGAGUUCACCUUUCAGCAAAUCAUGAAGGACAGAUGGAUCAACGCAGGGCACGAGGAGGACGAACUGAAACCAUUUGUUGAACCAGAACUCGACAUCUCAGACCAGAAAAGAAUAGAUAUUAUGGUGGGAAUGGGAUAUUCACAAGAAGAAAUUCAAGAAUCUCUUAGUAAAAUGAAAUAUGAUGAAAUCACAGCUACAUAUUUGUUGUUGGGGAGAAAAUCUUCAGAGCUCGAUGCUAGUGACUCCAGUUCUAGCAGCAAUCUCUCACUUGCUAAGGUGAGGCCGAGCAGUGACCUCAACAACAGCACUGGCCAGUCUCCUCACCACAAAGUGCAGCGAAGUGUUUCCUCAAGCCAGAAGCAGAGGCGGUACAGUGACCAUGCUGGACCAGCCAUCCCUUCCGUUGUGGCAUAUCCAAAGAGGAGUCAGACCAGCACUGCAGAUGGUGACCUCAAAGCAGACGGCGCUCCCUCCAGGAGGGCAGGCAGCAGUGCAGGCGGAGGCAAGGGAAUGGCUCCAGCCAGUCCCAUGCUUGGGAAUGCGAGCAAUCCCAACAAGGCGGACAUUCCUGAACGCAAGACAAGCUCCACUGUCCCCAAUAGUAAUACAGCAUCUGGCGGAAUGACACGGCGAAAUACUUACGUUUGCAGUGAAAGAACUACAGCUGACAGACAUUCAGUAAUUCAGAAUGGCAAAGAAAGCAGCACUGUUCCUGACCAGAGAACCCCAGUUGCUUCCACACACAGCAUCAGCAGUGCGGCCACCCCGGAUCGCGUCCGCUUCCCCAGGGGCACUGCCAGUCGCAGCACGUUCCACGGCCAGCCCCGCGAGCGGCGGACUGCCACCUAUAACGGCCCACCCGCCUCGCCCAGCCUGUCCCACGAAGCCACGCCGUUGUCACAGGCUCGAAGCCGAGGCUCCGCUAAUCUAUUCAGUAAAUUAACCUCAAAACUCACAAGGAGAAACAUGUCAUUCAGGUUUAUCAAAAGGCUUCCGACCGAAUAUGAGAGGAACGGGAGAUAUGAGGGCUCCAGUCGCAACGUAUCUGCUGAGCAAAAGGAUGAAAACAAAGAAGCAAAACCUCGCUCCCUGCGCUUCACCUGGAGCAUGAAAACAACUAGUUCCAUGGACCCCAGCGACAUGAUGCGGGAGAUCCGCAAAGUGCUGGACGCCAACAACUGCGACUACGAGCAGAGAGAGCGCUUCCUCCUCUUCUGUGUCCACGGCGACGGGCACGCGGAGAGCCUCGUGCAGUGGGAGAUGGAGGUGUGCAAGCUGCCAAGACUGUCUCUGAACGGGGUGCGGUUCAAGCGGAUAUCAGGGACGUCCAUCGCUUUCAAAAACAUUGCUUCCAAGAUUGCCAAUGAGCUAAAGCUGUAACCGGGAACGAUGGUGUAAUAGAGCAGCGGCCUGAAGUUCCUGGGCGCUGGUGGAAAUGUAUAGAAUAACAUUUAGGCAAUAACGUCUGCAUCUUCUAAAUCAUGGUAUUAAACUAUAAGGACGAGAGCACGCCUGGGAGCGAAAGCUGGCCUCUUUUCUACAAAUGCACUACAUUAAAGCUGUGUGACACGUGUGCCCUCUGUCUUCUUUCCAUUGCCCUGAGGGUCAGCGUGUGACCUCCAUCUCCACGUGCCUCCCGUGGGUGCGAGUGGGCCGCGCGUGCGGGUGGUGCAUACGGAGCAUCUCCCUGCCUGGCCGCCCGUCCCAGCAGCUCUGUGGGAGGUCAUUGGUGCUACAGCUGUUACACUUGCCAAGGAGGAAAUACUGAACUACUAAGAAUUAACCUUAAGACUAGUUGGUAAUUAGUACAGGUUUACAGUUCAUGCCUGUGGUUUUGUGUUUGUUGUUUGUGUGUUUUCUAGUCCAAAAGGUUUAAAUUUAUAGUUGUGAACUUUGCUUGUGUGUUUUUCUAAGUAGAUUCACAAGAUAAUUAAACAUUCACUUUUUCUCAGUAAAA